CUUUUUUCCUUCUCUGUCUCUCCAUCUACCCCUCUCUCUCUCCUCCCCCUCUCUCCUUUCCCUCUGUGUUUUUCUCCAGAGACUUCCAGUUUUUGAACACCAGUGUUCUUACCUACUGGCCUUCAACCCCACGCACACGAAGAGACAAGCACAGAAGCCAUGUUUCCUCUCCGUGCGCCCUUAUUGGCCGUAUUGGUCAGUGUUGCCCUAUGCCAAUAUUAUGACUAUGACUACCAGCCUGUUUCCAUGCUCGGGCCCUCUUCAGCCAACUGUCAUCCAGAAUGCAAUUGUCCGAUUACUUUCAAAAGUGCCAUGUACUGUGACAACCGUAAGCUCAAAUCCAUUCCUGCAGUUCCACCGCAAAUCGAGUACCUGUACCUACAGAACAACCAGAUUGAAGAGAUCAAGUCUGGAGUGUUUGAUAAUGUCACUGCAACACUUCGCUGGCUGGUACUGGACAACAACAAGAUCACCAACGCCAAAAUAGAAAAGGGUACAAUUGACAAACUUACAGUCCUGGAGAAACUGUUCUUCAGCUACAAUGAAAUCACAGAGCCGGUCAUCCCCCCCUCAAAGUCCCUCGAUGAGCUGAAGAUGAUGCACAACAAGUUAAACAAGUUCCCAUCUGGACUCUUGACUGAUAAGGAGAAUUUAACUUCCAUCAACAUUCAGCACAACGAACUGACUUCCGAAAGCAUUGCAGGGGCUUUCAAAGGGCCAAAGAAGCUGUUGUCCCUGGAUGUGAGCCACAACAAAUUAAAGAAGCUUCCAGCCGGGGUCCCUAGUUCACUGGAAAUCCUCUAUGCUGAUUACAACGACAUUGACAGCAUAGGGGCGGGAUACCUCAACAAGCUGCCAUCCCUGCAGUACCUCAGGAUCUCCCACAACAAGCUUGUGGACUCUGGAAUCCCUGCUGGGGUGUUCAAUGUGUCAUCACUGGUGGAGCUGGACCUGUCUUUCAACAAACUGGAGUCCAUCCCUGAGAUCAGUGAACUGCUGGAGCAGCUGUACCUCCAAGCCAAUGAGAUCAACAAGUUUGAGCUGUCCAGUUUCUGCAAGGUCAUUGCACCUGACAGGUAUUCCCGUCUGAAGCAUCUGCGUCUGGACGCCAACUACGUCACGCACAGCAGCAUGCCCAGUGAAUACGUCAACUGUCUGCGCCAAGCCUCAGAUAUCAUGUUUGAAUAAGGAUGUCCCUUUAAUCUGUAAACCCCAACAUGUCCCCCACAGCUCAGCCUAAAGCCUUAUGGAUUCACACGUCAGAAUAUCCCUGCAUUGUGGUACUCACAUGUCUACUACUGACGUAUUCAGUAUACAAAUCUGGGCUAUUUUAAUGGCAUCUUUAUCAGUUAAUUUUUGUCUUUAAUAAAUAAUGAACUGAGCAAAUUUGAGGUGAAAAAGAUUGCAUGAAAGCAAUCACCAAAGCAAUUUUCCUCAUUUUUAAUGUCUUUGAAACAUCCAGUGAGGUAAUAUUAAAUCAGUCAAAAAUAUUUGACUCAUUAUAUUUGUAGCUAUUGUAUUAAUGAUAUUUGUCAUUUAUGGAUUAACAUAAAGAUUUAAAAAAACAUAAAAAUUUAAUGAAAUCUAAAAAUUUUCUUUAAACAAAGAUAAAUGACUGAUCAUAGAACACACACUUUAAACAUUCCAACUUGACAUUAGACACAGCGCAGUAAACAGUAACUUUUGUUUGUAUCUGUAGUGUCUCAAUCGUAGUGUCAUUUUGUUUUUGUUUUUUUUGUUGUUUUUUUUUUGUCCUGUAUGUUCCAGUGUUUAGCAUGUAUAAUAAAAUGAGAAUACAUUAAUUAAUCCAUUGCUGUGCAAAGGACCAGCAAAUAAGGACUGCAUAUCCAUUUUUCAGUAUAUAAUGUGAGAAAUGAUGAACAAAUUGUAAAAUAGCAAUUGUGUUGUUAAUGUCUUAAAUGAAUUGAAAUGUUUUUAAAGUCAGUACCAGUGUUAUUUACUCUUGUCUGUCCUAAUUGGCCUUCAGACUUCAAACUGGCAUAAAUGGUGCCUUGAAGUAAAUAUGAUGUUCCAUUGAUUGUUUUUUGUUAAUAUAGUCAAUGUAGCAACAUACCUUUAUCCAAGCUAGCAAUUAAUCCAAGCAUCAAAUACUAAUAAAGUCCUUGAUGUUAGAAAAUAGAGGGUAAAAAAAAGAUACAAGUAAAAGUACAUUGCCAUCAUGAAUCAAAUUGUGUCUAUAUGUUACCUGAUUUCUAGCUGUCAUGCGCAUUGCUGAUUUGUAUCCAACACUUGCAUUACUUGCAUGCAUCUAAUGGUACCAUUCAUUGAUAAUAAACUACAGCUUUUGCAGUUAAGGUGCUCUCAUUGUUACCAUUGUUUACCAUGACUGAUAAAUGCUUCAUACAAUAUAAAGUCAACUUAGCAGCAUUUCAUGACUGAAUGGUGUAGCUAUGUUAUUAGAAAAUCCAUUAUGUUUGGGAUAAUUUUUCAUUUUAUGAUGAUUUAUUUUGUGGCCAUUGACUCAGUAACUGCUCAUACUGUGAGGAAAGCAAACACAGUUGAAUAAACUAUGUUUCCAAAAUA